AUGGCAGCCGUAAACUAUUGCGUGUCAGUGACCUCCUCAGCCACACCCAUACGCCAGGACUCAAAUACUUCAUCAACAACUCCACCACUAUUACCACCAAAUCGAAGACCGACCAAGAUAAUCUUGCCUAACAAGAAGCCCCUGAAAUGGUCUACAGGUGUGGCACCAGGCGAUUAUGGUGGCCCACCGACCACGUCGAAGCUGAGGAAGUACUGGGGUGGGGAAGAAGAAGACCCUCUCUCCUCUGAUGACUUCAUUUGGAACAAAGACUUCAUGGGGAGAAUGAAGAGACUAAUUCAGGAGAGCAAUGGCUCUUUAGACCCUCAAAUCUCUCCAGUUGAGGAAGAGCCUUCUGGGUUCCUUAGCUUAAAUAGAGUCCUGAGCCUUGACAGUUUGGAAGUUGACUUAAGCAAAGAGCUGACAUCGCCUUCAAAACCUGAAAUAGGACAUGAAGUCGAGGAAUCUCAAGCUAGUGCCACCAUGUUACGAAGAUGGAGACCGGCACCAACACGACGGGAGCAAGAGAAGUGGGAUAGAGCAACUAAGGCCGCAACUGGUGGCAGUGAUGUAAUGUUUCGUGAAAUGAGGUGGCCCAAAGGGGACCCUAAAGUAUUGGCUGCCCAGUCAAGAGAGCAGUAUUUUAAGUUGAAGAAGAAGUUGAAGGUCCUCACUCUGGGUAUAGGUGGUGUGGGUUUGCUCUCAGCCUAUGUUUCUUAUUCUCCAGAAAUAUCAGUGAGCUACGGUGUUGGGCUGAUCGGUUCUUUGGUGUACAUGCGUAUGCUUGGGAGCAGCAUCGAUUCGAUGGCAGAUGGAGCCAAAGGGCUUAUCAAGCAUGCAUAUGACCAUUACUAUACAUCUCAUUGUGACUUCCAUGGGGGUUUAUGA